AUGAGAUCUUCAAUAUUUAGUAGUGAUCCACCACUCUUGUCGUCCAAAAAGACUAAAACUACAAAGAAAUCAAAAGUAUCAAGUCCAUAUAUUAGCUCACCAGUCACACCACAAUUAUCUACCAAAUUCUCCAAUAGUGGUUCAAAUACUCCUCUCCUCGAUAUUGGGGUUACUUCAAGUAAUUCUAAACCUAAACUUGUGUCUUGGAAUAUAGAAGAAUUACUUGCAAGUUAUAAUGAGACAGGUCACUUACCACCACCACUUUCUCCCACAUUACCUGAUUCAAUAUCUGAUCAACAAAAGAGAAACCGUGAAAGAGAGAUAGUAUCGCCCAAUCCUAAACAUGUCUUAAAGAAGAGUUCAAUUAUAGAUGAUGAUGAUAAUGACGAAGAAAUCGUUCAAAGUCGAAUUGUAUCCCUGUCGAAAAACUUUACCAAAGCGAAGGAUAAUAUACCAGAUGAUGAUAUACCGUUAUCAAUUCUAUCACCCACCUUGCCUUCGAUUUUUGAUCAUAACAGUAAUGCUACAAAUACCCCAGAAUCUACUGUAACUUCAGCUACAGUCAUUCCAGUUGAUUCGAAUAAAAUGAAAAGCUCAAAGAAACGAUUACUAGUCCGGUUUAUUAACAAAGCUAAUGAUCCAAAUAAACCACGAUUCUUGGUUCGAAUUUCUUUCACUAACAAGGAAAAGUAUCAAGAAGUCAUCAAAGGUAAAACCGUACGAGGACCUACUGGGCUUGGAAUAUACAUCAGAGAACCUGAUCCCGAACGAGAACCAGAAGCAGAGCCCGAAGAGGAAUCAGAUACAAGUAUUAUACCUCUUGGAUCUAUUAAAAAAUCGUCUAAGGAAGAAGUUGUCCUUGAAGAUCGUAAGCUCGAUGCUAGACUAAAGGAACUUGCUCAUAAAGAGAAGUUGAUUAAAGAAAAAGAAAAUCAAAUAGAAAAGCAGGAACAAGAUUUGUUAUUAAUAGAGAAAAAUAUGAAGGAUGAGAUAAAGAAGCAAAAGGAAACCAAUGAGAAAGAACUACAAGAUAAGGAGAUUAGACUUAAGGAAUAUGAAAGAUCUUUAAGAUCAAAGGAGAGAGCGAUAGAGGAAAGAGAACAAAAGCAAAAGCAGAAAUCACCUCCUGUCAGUUCUCGUAGUGACGAUAUCAAUAAGAGGAGAGAACAAUUGAAGCAGUUAAAUAAUGAAGUUAUGAUAAAAGAGCCAUCACAGCCGUUGGAAGAAAUCAAACUUCCAAAUCUGGAAGAACAGCAGACGUUACACCUUCCUAAAGCAAUGAGAGAAGAAAUUAAUGCUACUUUGCAAAAUAAAAAGACAAUUUUAUUACAAUUAUCGAAAACAGCUAAAGGAGACUUUGAAAGCUCUAUUAAUAAAGAUAAUUUGAAAGCAGUAAUUUGUCAAGUUGAUUACGUGCUUUUGAAGCUUAUGGCUUCAGAUUACGAUGAACGAUCAAAAUUAGUUAUGGAUGUGUUACCUAGUGAACGGUCCUGGAAAGUUUUAGAUCAAGAGGUCUCUGAUUUAAUUAAAUUCAUUAAUAAUUGUAGUAAAUCAAUUAAAGAUAAUAUGAUCAGUGGAUUCUUAAGAAUCUUAACAUCAAUCUUAUAUCAAACACGAGCAUUAAUUAUUAAGAGAGUUAACUCAAUAUUGAUAAAAGUGAUUGAUCUGUAUCUUACCAAAAGAGAUGAUAGAAAGGAGUUGAAUGAUAAAAUUAUCGAGUUACAACAAACCACCAUUGGUAAUAACAAUCUCAUAUCAGCGCAUUUGAUGAAUGCAAGACCUGAUUUCCUUUUCAGUAAUAUAGCGUCUAAAUUUCCCAUUACAUGGUCUAAGAGAAACUUGAAUUUAGAAGCUGUUCAACGAGAUUUUAACUUAUAUGAUUUCCACAAACAUUUAAGACCAGCCUAUCAAUUGUAUUAUUUACCAUUUGGAGCUUAUUCCAAUGUCAAUGAAAUCGAUGGUUUUUUAUUUCAUAUUAUGAAUGAAUUUAUGGAUAUUUACAACAAGCAUAAUCCUAGUACAAGAGUUAGUUACGUUUUAUUGAGUGGUAAACCUCAUUAA